UUCUUCUUUCUUUGCUCUCCUUCCUUUUUUAAUUAAAAAGAAAAAAGAGAUUCCUCCACCGAUCGCUCUCCCACAAAUCGCUUUUGGCAUGAGUUAAACCAGCAGCGAUGGACACCAAGCAUUUUCUUCCAUUGGACAUGUGUGUGCGUGCGUGUGUAUCCAAUGGCAGCUUUGGCGUUUUUGAUUUCUCCAGCCCAGUCAAUUCCACCUCCUUAAGCUCUCCGACCAGCAGAGGGCCUAUGACUGCACCUUCUCUCCAUCCAUCGAUGGGCACAGGCAUUGGCGGCUCUUUGGGGUCCCCUGGACAGCUCCACUCACCCAUCAGCACCCUCAGCUCACCCAUCAACGGCAUGGGGCCUCCGUUCUCAGUCAUCAGCUCCCCGAUGGGGGCUCACCCCAUGUCUGGACCCUCUACCCCUGGACUUGGAUUUGGAACUGGCAGCCCUCAGCUCAAUUCUCCAAUGAACCCUGUCAGCAGCACAGAAGAUAUCAAGCCCCCGUUGGGGAUCAACGGGGUCCUCAAAGUUCCAGUGCACCCAUCAUCCGCCAUGGCCUCCUUCACCAAGCACAUAUGUGCCAUUUGUGGAGACAGAUCUUCAGGUAAACAUUAUGGGGUGUACAGUUGUGAGGGCUGCAAAGGCUUCUUCAAGAGGACGGUGAGGAAGGACCUGACGUACACCUGCCGGGACAAUAAGGACUGCUUAAUCGACAAGCGGCAGCGGAACCGGUGUCAGUACUGCCGGUACCAAAAGUGUCUUGCAAUGGGCAUGAAGCGGGAAGGGAUGGAGCACCAUCCAUCCCGGCCCACAAGACUCCCUGGAAGGCAGGAAGAACAAGCCGUCCAAGAGGAGAGGCAACGUGGGAAGGACCGCAAUGAGAAUGAGGUCGAAUCCACGAGCAACGCUAAUGAGGACAUGCCCGUGGAGAAGAUUCUAGAAGCUGAACUUGCCGUUGAGCCAAAGACAGAGACAUACAUUGAGGCAAACAUGGGCUUGACCCCCAAUUCGCCCAAUGACCCAGUCACCAACAUCUGCCAAGCGGCAGACAAGCAGCUUUUUACAUUGGUGGAAUGGGCCAAAAGGAUCCCACACUUCUCAGAACUGCCGCUAGACGACCAAGUGAUCUUGCUCAGGGCUGGUUGGAAUGAGUUGCUCAUUGCCUCCUUCUCACACCGGUCCAUAGCUGUGAAAGAUGGGAUCCUCCUUGCCACAGGUCUCCACGUCCAUCGGAACAGUGCUCACAGUGCAGGCGUUGGUGCCAUCUUUGACAGAGUAUUGACAGAACUCGUAUCAAAAAUGAGAGAUAUGCAGAUGGAUAAAACAGAACUGGGGUGUCUCCGAGCCAUUGUCCUCUUCAACCCUGACUCAAAAGGGCUUUCCAAUCCUGCUGAAGUCGAGGCCCUGCGCGAGAAAGUGUAUGCGUCACUCGAGGCCUACUGUAAACAGAAAUACCCUGACCAGCCCGGGAGGUUCGCCAAGCUUUUGCUCCGCCUCCCUGCCCUCCGGUCCAUUGGCCUCAAAUGCCUGGAGCACCUCUUCUUCUUCAAGCUAAUAGGGGACACGCCCAUCGACACCUUCCUGAUGGAGAUGCUGGAGGCUCCCCACCAAAUGACUUAAGGAAGGCAGAGGGGGUUGGUCCCAUUUCUUCUCCUGCCCGGCAGGCUCCCCGAUGCCACCACCACCACCACCGCGCCUCCCCCUUCUACUGCCAACGUGUGCCCCCCGUAUCUCCCUGCAUGUGCGAGAUGCAGCCUACCAUCUUCCUUCUGUGACACCGUUGACCUCAGCCCUUCAGCCGUUUCUCACGCUCUCUCUGUGCGUCUUGGGAUCUGACAAUAGCCGUUUGCUGUUCCUCUCACAGGUGCAGAGGCAAAAAUGGUUGUU